AACUGCUAAUAAAACGCAAACCUGAAUGACAUUAUUCCCAGGUCUAAGGCAACAUUGUUGUAAUUAAGGAAAACCUGUGCAUGAGUUGGCUGAGUACUGUCUUGCGGAGUCCUCCGUCCUCACCGAGUGGGAGGGUCACACUGAGAGAGACUAAUAAGGGCAGAGAUGCGUCCCCCUUCCCCACUCACAGGGAGCUCACUCGGGCCACUCCUCGGCGGUGCGGCAGCCCUGUCCGGACUCCACUGCGCCUCAGAGGGGCUCAAACACAAAUUCAAGAACUGUGGCCACUUGUUCACAUGGUUUCAAGACACAAUGAGGCGCACUGGCUCUUGGAAGCUUUGGCCUUGGGUGGCAGUGUUCCUGCUUCCUGCUUCUACUUCCGUGACGGUUAGGGACAAGCCAGAAAAACAAUGUCCUAUUCUGAGGACAGUGGGAUAUCAGUUCACACAAGACAACAGAAAUGAACUUGAAGUUUCAGGUUUUGAUCUAGGAGAGAGCUUUUCUCUGAGACGUGCAUUUUGUGAAGGGGAUAAAACCUGUUUCAAAUUGGGAAGUGCACUUCUUAUUAGAGAUACUAUUAAGAUAUUUCCUAAAGGCCUUCCUGAGGAGUUCUCUGUAGCAGCUGUGUUUCGUGUACGAAGAAACACCAAAAAGGAGCGGUGGUUUCUGUGGCAGGUUUUAAACCAGAAAAAUAUGCCACAGAUUUCUGUCGUAAUUGAUGGUGGAAAGAAGGUGGUAGAGUUUAUGUUCCGAGCUGCCGGGGGAGACAUGUUGAAUUACAUUUUUAAAAAUCGGGAACUCCGUCCUUUGUUUGACCGUCAGUGGCAUAAACUUGGCUUCAGCAUACAAUCCCAGGUCCUUUCACUCUAUGUGGAUUGCAGUUUAAUUGCAAGCCGGCAGACUGAUGCGAAGGACACUGUGGAUUUUCAUGGGAGGACAGUUCUGGUGGCACGAGCUGCUGAUGGCAAGCCUGUGGACAUUGAACUUCACCAACUUAAAAUCUAUUGUAAUGCAAACUUCAUAACUCAAGAAACAUGUUGUGAAAUAUCAACUACUAAGUGCCCAGAGCAGGAUGAUUUUGGAAGUACUGCAUCAUCAUCCAUAACUGCUCAUGCCAGUAAACUGUCUACGUUUCUGCCCGCAAAGCAGGAACUCAGAGACUUGUGCCAGUGCGUUCCAAGCAAGGGAGAAGCAGGAUUACCAGGGACUCCAGGUUCACCUGGGCAGAAAGGAGAGCCGGGUGAAAAUGGUUUACCUGGUGCUCCAGGCUUACCUGGUCAAAAGGGAGAACAAGGUUUUGAAGGCAGCAAAGGAGAAAUUGGUGAAAAGGGUGAACAAGGAGCAAAAGGAGACCCAGGACUGGCUGGCCUUAAUGGACAAGAUGGUUUGAAGGGUGACUUGGGUCCUCGUGGUCCACCUGGUCCAAAAGGAGAAAAGGGAGACAUGGGGCCUCCAGGACCAACAGCCUUAACUGGUUCCAUAGGGAUGCAAGGCCCCCAAGGUCCACCUGGAAAAGAAGGUCAAAGGGGAAGAAGAGGAAAAACAGGACCACCUGGAAAACCAGGACCCCCAGGGCCACCUGGACCUCCUGGAUUACAAGGAAUACAACAGACUCUUGGUGGAUAUUUUAACAAGUCAAAGGGUACUUCUCUACUCUCAUGCAAAAUCUCUCUUCUGCUUUUUCCUUCAAAGGGUGAAACAGGACUGCCAGGAUUUCCAGGGUCUGUUGGCCCUAAAGGACAAAAAGGAGAACCUGGGGAACCCUUUGUAAAAGGUGAAAAGGGAGACCGAGGAGAACCUGGAAUAAUAGGAUCACAGGGAAUAAAGGGAGAACCUGGAGACCCUGGUCCCCCUGGUUCAAUAGGAAGCCCAGGACUGAAGGGUCAACAAGGACCUGCAGGUUCCAUGGGACCCAGAGGACCACCAGGAGAUGUUGGAUUGCCAGGAGAACAUGGUAUCCCAGGAAAACAAGGCAUCAAAGGAGAAAAGGGAGAUCCAGGUGGGAUUAUAGGCCCUCCUGGGCUUCCAGGUCCAAAAGGUGAGGCCGGUCCUCCAGGGAAAAGCCUGCAAGGGGAACCAGGAUUAGAUGGAAAUCCUGGAGCACCUGGUCCACGUGGGCCAAAGGGUGAAAGAGGACUGCCAGGUGUCCAAGGCUCCCCAGGUGACAUGGGCCCACCAGGGGCAGGAAUUCCCGGAAAAACAGGCUCCCAAGGACCAACUGGAGAGCCAGGUAUUCAGGGUCCUCGAGGUCUCCCUGGGUUACCAGGAACUCCAGGGACCCCAGGAAAUGAUGGAGCUCCAGGAAGAGAUGGAAAGCCAGGACUGCCAGGUCCCCCAGGUGACCCGAUUGCCCUUCCUCUCUUGGGAGACAUCGGGGCCUUAUUCAAGAAUUUCUGUGGCAACUGCCAAGCCAAUGUUCCUGGGCUAAAAAGCAACAAAGGAGAUGAAGGAGGUGCUGGUGAGCCUGGAAAAUACGAUUCCAUCACCAGGAAGGGUGAUAUAGGACCACGGGGUCCUCCAGGAAUUCCAGGCAGAGAAGGACCAAAAGGAAGCAAAGGAGAGCGGGGCUACCCUGGUAUACCUGGGGAGAGAGGCGAAGAGGGUCUUCAAGGAAUUCCAGGCAUUCCAGGUGCUAUGGGCCCUACUGGACCCCCUGGCUUAGUGGGAAGAACUGGACAUCCUGGUCCCAUGGGAGCAAAGGGUGACAAGGGCAGUGAGGGACCCCCUGGGAAGCCUGGACCACCUGGACCACCUGGUGUACCAUUCAAUGAAGGAAAUGGCAUGAGCAGUUUAUAUAAAAUCCAGGGUGGUGUGAAUGUUCCUAGUUAUCCAGGGCCACCUGGUCCCCCUGGCCCAAAAGGCGAUCCUGGCCCAGCGGGAGAGCCUGGUGCAAUGGGGUUGCCAGGACUAGAAGGAUUUCCAGGUGUAAAGGGAGAUAGAGGCCCAGCAGGUCCUCCAGGAAUAGCUGGAACAUCGGGGAAGCCAGGUACCCCAGGGCCUCCAGGAGUUCCAGGGGAGCCAGGUGAAAGGGGACCUAUUGGAGAUAUUGGUUUCCCUGGACCAGAAGGACCCUCUGGAAAGCCAGGAAUAAAUGGAAAAGAUGGAUUACCAGGUGCUCAGGGCAUCAUGGGUAAACCUGGAGACCGAGGCCCCAAAGGAGAACGGGGUGAUCAGGGAAUCCCAGGAGAUAGAGGUCCACAAGGUGAACGGGGAAAACCAGGCCUUACAGGCAUGAAAGGAGCUAUAGGUCCUAUGGGGCCACCAGGAAACAAGGGCUCCAUGGGAUCCCCUGGCCACCAAGGCCCUCCAGGAUCCCCAGGAAUCCCUGGCCCUCCGGCUGAUGCAGUUUCAUUUGAAGAAAUAAAGAAGUAUAUUAAUCAAGAGGUCCAAAGGAUUUUUGAAGAGAGGAUGGCUGUGUUUCUAUCCCAACUCAAGCUGCCAGCAGCAAUGUUGGCUGCUCAAGCUCAUGGGAGGCCUGGACCACCAGGAAAGGAUGGGUUACCUGGGCCACCAGGAGACCCUGGACCCCAAGGCUACCGAGGACAAAAGGGAGAAAGAGGUGAACCUGGAAUUGGAUUGCCAGGUAUUCCUGGGACUUCAGCUAUGGGUUUGCCAGGCUCACCGGGUACUCCAGGGCCCCAGGGCCCCCCAGGACCCAGUGGAAGAUGUAACCCAGAAGAUUGCCUCCAUCCUGUGUCUCAUGCCCAUCAGCGGGCAGGUGGGAAAUGAGCACACCUGAGGAAGACUUGGUUCCUGAGGAUACCUUCCGCCUUUGGAGCUAUCUUAUUUCUGUCAAACUCUCACAGUUUGUGGGCUGCUUUUUUUUUUUUCUUUUUAAAAUUUUACUGUAAGUCAGACAUUAAAUGCAAAAGUUUGAAUCCUGUUCCUACAAUAAUUGCAAAUUAGUAUUUCAGAUUUUCCUCAAAUUCAUUCCAUAUGUUUUGCCUCAUCAAUACUAUGAUUUGUAUUCAGUUUUAUAUGAAACAUGCAAGCAAAUCUUGUUGUUAGUACUUCAAAAAAACAUCAUAUGAUUUGGUAGACGGAUGAUGUUGUACAUUUUGUAGACUUGUCAUCAUGUAAUUGACCUCUGAUCUCUGAAUUCUAAAGUUUCAGACUUGACGUUUUCUUAGCAAUGGAAUUUAGUGUCAUUGCUAAAAAUUUUGUUCACUUUCUUGUGUAUUGCUCCUAUUAACCUUUUUUGAUUACUUUUACAAGAAUUCUUAUGCCAUCCUACAUCCAUCCUACUUUUGCAGAAAAAUAUUUAGGCAAUAAGAGCUUCACUUUAUAACUAUGCUUUGGAAAAAUUAAAGGAGACUGUUUUAAUCAGGGAGCCCCAAAACUCACCAUCACCAACAGCUAAAGUAAUUUUUUUGAUUCUCUAUAUAAUGAAUUUUAUUCAAAGCAAUCACUACUGGCAUGAAUACAUACUGCAUGGGGAAAAAAAAGGAACAAAGUGACAAUUGUUUAAGAGUCCCACGAAAAAAGCCUAGCACUCUGUGUUCCCUUCACUGAGUUUCUCAUUUAAUGAAGAGAAGAAAGCUCUUUUCCCUAAGAGGUGUUUGGUGGUGAAGGCACCAAGGCAUCUUUGGUACUCGUGAAGUUUAAAUGGCCUCGCUUUGGGCCCCUGUACCUGUUAUCCUUCUGACCUCAUGACCCUCAGACUUUAAGACAAGAACUGGCCACCAAACCAAGGACAGAUUUGUAGCAACCGAAGAAGAAACCGACUUGCCCUAGCUGAUGAAUGUGUGGUGUCAACAAACGCAUAUUGAGAAGGUGCAGCCCAAAAGCUCCUAAGGAAAAUAAUGUUUCUCCAGAAGCUUCGGCAUGGCAAAGGAAAGCCAUGGGACCACACAUGCAACUGGCACUCAGAUGAAAGAGCUAACACUCUCCCCAAAACCACAUCCUCUGAGAGGAAACAAAGACACAGUGAUUGUCAACUGUUUACUACAUGGUAUUUUUAUUGCCUAUCUAUACACUAUUCUGAGAAACUUGUGGUUGAAAACAACAAAUUUUAUAGAGUAGUAGACAUGAGAGUAUUGCUGAACUUAGCUGGUGGAUCCCACAGAUGCUGAGAACACACCACCAGAGCCCUCCUGUCACAGAAAUCAGGAGUUCACACCUCUUCAAGGAGCAAUGCAGAUUCUAAUUGGACAUGAUUACUUUUGUCUGUUAGUGGAAAAAUGAGUUUAGAAAAGCAAGCCCACUGAAAUUAGAGAUAGCUGUGAACAGAGUUGUGCCUGAGGAGCAUGCCUAAAUUAAGGCAGAGUUUAUUUAAAUGCACCCAUGAUUUGAACUGGUUUUCAUUAUCGACGAAUGAACUGCUGGUCAGGUACUGUCUACAUGGCUGUGCAUACAUACAACCUUUUAGUUAUUUCAUGUUGAAUUGUGCUCUAUAUUUUAAUUCCAAUUUAUUUAUUUUCCAAGGUUAUCUUGUUUUUAACUUUAAAUUGACUUUCUUUUUAUUUUGUUUCUUGUGCAAUACCUACAAUGGUGCUGUGGUUUAAACUUAUACAAUUGGAAUAUGCAUAUGCAUUUUACAUAUGUAUUGCAUUACUAAAAUAAUAAUUUAUCCCAAAAAGUGUAUAUAGAUUUAAAAUUUGGUGCUAUCUGUAUAUUUUGAGAUUUUAAUUUGUUGAAUUUUAUGAACAUUACAACUUAUCCGACAUAUUAAUUUACUUGAAUUUGUCAUAAAGCCAAACGUUUUAUAUGUUUUCAAAGAGUAUUUUUGCAUAUUAAUAGGUAAUUUAUCCUUUUGCCUCUUGGCUAAUUCAAAAAUAUUUAUUUUAUCAUUUCAAUGUUUUCUUGGACUGUUUUGCCGAUGGGUGAUCAAUGUAUUUUGUUUUCUUUAGUCAAUCCUUUGUAUACAUAAAAGAUGCAAUUCAUUUUCUUGUUUUAUAAAUUCUCAUAACUUUAGUGCUACAGAAUAAGCCAUGCAUCCUUUCUUAUGAAUUGUAUAGUUAGGAAUCUUUUUCUAAAUUGCACAAAUGCUUGACUGGUUUAUUCCUGUUUCAAGGAUUUGGAUUUCUUUAGGUAAUUUGAAUAGGAGAGGAGACAAAAUACAACGUUAUAUGAUGCAUACUACAAAGUGGAGCUGUCACAGUGGCUCAUUUUUUCUACAUGGAAUAUUUGACUAAGUUUGACAUAACUGUGGAAACAGGACUGUGUUCACAUGGUACGAGCCUCUCACCCUGUUGUUAUUUAUCUUCAAAUACUAUUUCCUGCCUCCACUUUAUUCACCUGAUGUGCAAAAAAAAGGGGGAAAGCAUAAAAACACUGGGUGCAGCUCAGUGAACACAACACUAGAUGAAGUAACCAUCUGGCAGAUGCCCAGUUCCCUUCAAACAAAGUAGAUACUUUGGGCCCCAAGUAGGGGUGGGGGGGGAUUCUCCUCUGAAUAACUUGAUGGCUGCCAUUUCUCUUGAACUAUUUUUGUCCAAAACAUUUACUUACUUGCACAUAGAUGUUAAGGAUGGCCACAACAGGGAUAAAGAAUUAUUAAAUUGCUAUCAUAUUUGAUCAAAAUCUUUCUGUGUAAAGAAUAAAUUUUGAUUUCAAUUAGUAUUUAUGGCCUUCAGAAUGGAAAGAAAAAAGGAAAAGUAACUAAUGCCUUUGUUCAUUGUUCUUCUCAACUGAGGACAGUAUUAGUUCUAACCAUAGCAGAUACACAGUCAGUCAACUUUUUUUAACUCCUCACCUUGAUGGAAGUAAUUGAGUGAAUAACCUCAGGUGCUUAUUUCUGUAUUUCAUGACAUUGUUCAGAAUUUUACAUUUUAGUCACUUACAGAGCUUAAGUAAUUAUUUUAGAAUACAUUGUCUGUAAAAUUUGGCAUUUGAUAUUUGGUUUAUUAUUUCUUGUGAGUAUGUUUAGGUAUCAAUGAGGCUUAGCUUUUCUGCAGUCUCCCUCACUUACUGGGAACCUGUGACAUACCUCCUUUUGUUCACAAGAUGGUGUUUAAGGCUAUUCAUUCAAAACUAAGCAAGCUCAGAUGUACAGGCAAAGAAUAUUUUAAUGGUCAACAAAAUCAGAUUUUUGCUCUUGCGCUUUUUUAAAAAAGACUUUUGUAAAUAAUGUCUUGUUAAUUUAAGUUUUGUUUUGUUAAUUUAUGCUUUUCCUAAUUUAAGUAUCUUUAUGAAGCAGGCACAGCAGCCUUUGGUUUUCUGUUUCAGUUUUAUUUCUUCAGGGUAUAUACACAUAAAUAUGUACCUAUAUACCCAGUUAAAGUGCAAGUUUACUUCUGUAACUUCAUUUGUAUACUACCCUCCUGUUUUAGUGAUUAACAUGAAGACACCUAAGUAGUCAUUCUGCCUUUUAGACAGGAAAGAUACUCACUGUUGACAGACAAGUAAAAGGCAUUUAGCGUACCACAAGUAGACAAUUUAUAAAUUUAUCACACGUCUAAACUCCAUCUUGAAGAUACUUAAGUUUUUGCAGUUAUAUUUGUAUAAUCUUGCAUUUUUCUAGAAAUAUAUCACUAUUUAUCAAUAUAAGCUUGAAGCAUUAUUUUUCCAAAUACCACUUUUUUUCUAACAUUAGUAAUAAUAUUCUAAGACCCAGAAUUCUGAGGUUAAGUGAUACACCGAAGUUGUUUCCAUGAAUCCUCAGAAUAGUUUUGCAGAUUUGUUCCUUGCUUGUUCUGAAAUAUUUUUCACACUUGUCUGUACCCACUUAAGACACAGUGCUUCCUGACAUGAUUCCCCAUGUUGUUUCUUAAUACAUGAGGGUGUUACCUGGUGUAGAGGUACACACUCUACUUUCAUACCUCUCAUCUCACAAUGAUUACCUAGGCUUCUAAGAGAAGAUGCAGUAAAGAAUUUAACCAGUAUCUUUUAUGCCUAUUUACUUCAAAAUGGCCUAGCUCAUUGAAUUGUAUUCAUAUAUUAGUUGGCAGGCAAAAGUAGUAUUAAUUACAUUAAAUGUGUUCAAUUACUAGGAGUCUCAGGAAAUAGAAUAAUUAUUUUCAUUUUUAUUUUCAGAUGUAGCUGGAGCUAUAAUCUGAACAUUUCAUUCAAAAUAGCAUGUCAGAGUUAACUGGUCAUUUUUAAAAAAUUGAAUGAAGCACCAUGUGAACACAGAGAAAAUACAUUCAGACAAGUAGGCACAGCACAGAAAAAAAACUCUAACUGAAAAACACUUAUAAGACCAAAGCUAACUCUAAGAAAGUCAAAAUGGUAGAAAAUUUCAAGUUUAGAUCCAAUAGUGAUUUGUGAAUGCUGCAUCUUAAGGAAUUAGCUACUUGUUUCAUGAUGUGUGUCAGAGUGAAUACUGAUGAAAUAGGAAGUCUCGCUAAACUUGGGAGGUAGUUGUAGAAGAUUUCACAGAAGUGUGUGUGUUGCUUCACCAUAAUAAGCUGUAACGAUGUAGCUAUUUUACAUUUUAUUUUGCUGUAUUCUUUAAAGUAUACUUUAUGGAUAAAUAUCUUAGCAUUUUAAUGUAUUUAAAUCCAGAUUGUAUUAUGGAAUAUUUUAUAACUAUUUAUUUUCAAAAUAGCAUUUGGGACAUAUUUUUCUCCAUUUAGUUGGUUCUCUCUCUUACCUCAUCCAAGUAUAUAAGGUUUAAUUCAUUAUGCUCAUGUUAAGUUGAAUGGCACCAGUUUCAUUUUAAAUCCCAAGUGGAUAUAAUGCUUUGAGGCCUUGAUUCCUAUAUCUUCAUUAUGCAUAAUGAGCUUGUUGUCUAUCUCAGCAAUAAAGGAUGUUACCCUAA